GUGUGAUAUGGGUGAAAGAGGGAUAGCAAACAAUGUUAGUUUAACAGACACUAGAGUCUGAGGCUCAUCUCAGUCAGUCAUGGGUCAUCUUGGGAUUCAGAUGUGGACAUGGACCGUGUGUGUCCUCUUGAGCUGGAUGUGUGUGGGUCAAGCAGUGGCAGGACCGCAGUACAUGGUAGCCAUACCUGCGGUUCUUGAAGCUGGAGCUGAGACCAAGUUCUGUGCGAGUCUCCUGCAGCCCAACGAGACUCUGGUCAUGACCGUCACUUUGAUGUCCCAAGAGAAGAAUACAACCCUCCUCCAGAAGACAUCCAGUGAAGCAUUUCAUUCCUGUGAGCAGUUUCAGGCUCCUUUAGUGCAGAAUGAAGUGGUGCAGACGUUAGAGGUGAAGGUACGAGGCAACACAUUUUACUCCAAAGAAGUCAGGAAAGUCAAGAUCAAAGUCUAUCAACCAGUGACAUUCAUCCAAACAGAUAAACCAAUCUACCUCCCUGGACAAACAGUACAUUUCAGAGUCGUCUCACUGGACACCAAACUGAGACCUGCCAGUCAGCUGUACAAUAUCAUCGAAAUUAAGGAUGCUAACAGCAACAGGAUUGGACAGUGGCUGAACCAAACAUCCAAUGGUAAAAUACUGCAGCUUUCUUACUCGUUGAACUCUGAGGCCCGUGAAGGAAGCUACAGCGUUAUUGUGUCAAUUGGUGAAAGUAAACUGUAUCACAGCUUCAAGGUGGAGAAAUAUGUUUUGCCCAAAUUUGAUGUAAAAAUAGAUUCAUCUGAUGAAUCAAAUAUUGAGCAGGAAGAAAUCAAAGCUGAAGUAUGUGCAAAGUACACAUAUGGACAGCCUGUGCCAGGCAGUGUUAAUGUUAAGGUGUGCCGACCCCUUCAGCGCUAUUUCUAUGGUACCCCUGUAAUCACCACUGAACAUCCAGGGGGAGUCCCUGAGUUCAUUUCCCCAUGCUACAAGGAGACAAAGCAGACGGACAAGAAAGGCUGUGCCACUUUUACUGUCAAGAUGUCCACAUUCACAAAACUUGACAAAAAGGUUCUGUUUGAUCAUCUGCAACUCAGUGCCAAAGUGGUAGAGGAGGGGACAGGUAUUUCACACCCACGAGAGAAGAGAAUAACCAUUUCAUAUGUUGUUGGAAAGCUGUCCUUCAUUGACACACCCAAGAUUUACGACCGAGGAUCAAAUGUGGAGGGAAAAGUCAAAGCUGUUUAUUACAAUAAUACACCCAUUGCUGACAUGCCAGUGUACCUGUCUGAGGGUAAUUCAUGGUCAUCACGCCGGCUGCAGAACCUCACAACGAACAGUGACGGUGUCGCAACUUUCUCAUUUAGCACAGCUGACUUUAAUGGGGACAUCCACCUCCAUGUUAGCAACAAACUGACACGGGAGUACUCUGCUUAUAGAACUGCAUACUAUCAGGAUGCAGAUCACAAAUUGUCUUUGGCCCAGCCUCCCUCUCUACAUACUAAAACUGUCAGCUCCCUAGAGGUGAAGAAGAAGGAUACACCACUUCCCUGUGACAGUGAUGAAAACAUCUCCAUCCGAUACACUGUAGUUGGAGAGGCUCAGGGCUCUGUGGAUGUGAUGUAUCUGGUCUUAUCCAGAGGAGCCAUUGUCACGCAAGGACUUAAACAGGUUGAAGUUCGAGAUAAAUCAGUGAAUGAGGGCGAAGUGUCAUUCAAGUUGAAAGUGUCUGCAGAGAUAGCACCAGAAGUCCAGAUUGUGGCCUACACCAUCCUCCCCAGUGAGACUGUCAUCGCCCACAGUGCUGACUUCUCCACCGAGAAAUGCUUCAGUCACAAGGUGUCGCUGGAGUUCUCUCCGUCCUCAGCUGUCCCAGGAGAGGAGACCACCCUGCAGGUGACGGCCCAGCCAGACUCUCUGUGCGGAGUGAGCGCUGUCGACCAGAGUGUCCUCAUCAAGGAGCCAGGGAAGACUCUGGAGACAGCCAAGAUAUUUGGAUUGUUACCUGUAAGAAAAGCAACCUCUAUUCCACAUGACAUUCAAGAGCCUGUAGAAUGCUUGCGUGUUUGGAUGAGACCUAGAAGAUAUGUUUUACCAUACCCCUACCAUGUCGAGAAAGAUGAUGCUCAUACAGUUUUCCAGAAUGUAGGUCUGAAGAUGGCAACAAACUUGUUUAUCCGAGUGCCUUCAUGUCUCAAGUUCAAAGGAAGAGAAUACCACCAAGGCCACUAUGGAUUGGUUCAAAGGUCACGUCAAAGGACCAUAAUGAGUGAGCCAACAGUGAGAAUGGUCACUGGUAGUAGUGCUAGAGGAGGCAGUGGUUUCUCUCCUCAACUUCCACCAAUAGAAACAGUCCGCACUUUCUUCCCUGAGACCUGGAUAUGGGACCUGGUUGAGGUUGGAGAGUCUGGAACGAAAGAUGUGUCCCUCACUGUCCCAGACACCAUCACCACCUGGGAAACAGAGGCUUUCUGUUUGUCCCCUCUGGGUUUUGGCUUGGCUCCUCGUAAAGAGAUCAAGGUCUUCCAGCCCUUCUUCCUCGAGCUCAGCCUGCCCUACUCCAUCAUCCGGGGGGAGCACUUUGAGCUGAAGGCAACCACCUUCAACUACCUGUCCAGCUGCAUCAUGGUCACUGUGACUCCAACACCCUCCUUGGAUUACACCCUCACCCCCCUCUCUGGUGACCAGUACACAUCAUGUCUGUGUGGCAAUGAGCGCAAGACCCUCAGCUGGACCAUGGCUCCCUCAGCCUUGGGGGUUAUGAAUGUGUCAGUGAGUGCUGAGGCUUUGGCUUCCCAAGCUUCAUGUGACAAUGAGAUUGUGAGUGUGCCAGACAGAGGUCGUAUUGACGUGGUCACGCGGUCUCUCAUAGUAAAGGCUGAGGGAACUGAGAUGACAAAGACGUACAACUGGCUGCUCUGCCCAAAAGGGGAAGCUUUGACAGAGGAAACAGACGUCCAACUCCCUGACAACAUGAUUGAUGGAUCUGCCCAUGCUACACUUUCAGUCCUGGGUGACAUUCUGGGCCGAGCUCUGAACAACCUGGAUGGGCUGCUGAGGAUGCCAUAUGGAUGUGGUGAACAGAACAUGGCGCUUCUGGCCCCCAACAUUUACAUCCUCCAAUACCUGAAAAACACACAGCAGCUGACCCCAGCUAUCAAAGAAAAGGCUACCAACUUCCUGACCAGUGGCUACCAGAGACAACUGAACUACAAACAUCAAAACGGUGCUUACAGCACAUUUGGAUCAGGAGCAGGGAACACUUGGCUGACUGCUUUUGUGCUGAGAUCUUUUGCCAAAGCGCGGUCUUUCAUCUACAUCGACCCAACAAAGAUUAAAGAGUCGAAGACUUGGCUGAAGCGCAAACAACGAAAGAAUGGCUGUUUUGAACAGUCGGGGAAACUCUUCAACAACCGAAUGAAGGGUGGUGUGUCUGAUGAAGUGACUCUCAGUGCUUACAUCACUGCUGGCUUCUUGGAGAUGAAUACGCCUGUAAAGGAUCCAGUGGUGAAUAAGAGCCUCUCUUGCCUCAAAGAGUCCUUCAGUGACCUCAGCAACACGUACACCACAGCUCUGCUGGCCUACGUCUUCACCCUGGCAGGAGACAUGGAGACCCGUGCUCACCUUCUGAAGCAUCUAGACACGGUCGCAUUAAACCAAGGAGGUUUCCUCCACUGGUCUCAGACAGCAACAGAAACGUCAGCCUCUCUAUCUGUGGAGAUCAGCUCCUACGUGCUGCUGGCCAAACUCAGUGCCUCUCCUACCCCUGAAGACCUGGGCUACGCUGCCCGCAUCGUCAGAUGGCUCACAGGGCAGCAGAACUAUUAUGGAGGCUUUUCCUCCACACAGGACACAGUGGUGGCUCUUCAGGCUCUGGCUCUCUACUCCACUCUGGUGUUCAGUCCAGGGGGUUCAAGCACAGUGACUGUCCAGUCUCCCAGUGGCCAGCUGACAUUUGGUGUGAAUCAAGACAACAAACUGCUCUACCAGGAGGAGGUGCUGAAGGACAUAACAGGAAAAUACAGCUUGGUGGUGCAGGGAAAUGCAUGCGCUUCAGUGCAGAUUUCUAUUCACUACAACAUCCCGACUCCUGCUGAUGUCACCACUCUCAAUGUGGAGGUCAAACCAGAGGCCAACUGCACCGGCAAAUCUCAAAGACCCAAACUCACUCUGAAAUUAAAGUCCUUAUAUACUGGAAAGGAAAGCACAACAAACAUGGUGAUCCUGGAUAUCAAAAUGCUCUCUGGAUUUGUCCCAGACCCAGAGUCUUUGAGGAGGCUCAAAGGUGCUCUGCUGGUGGAUCGCGUUGAACAAAAGGAAGACCAUGUUCUUGUGUACAUACAGGAGUUAUCAAAGGACAUACCCAUCAACCACAACUUAGAGCUCAUACAGGAGCUGCCAGUGCAGAACCUGAAACCAGCCGUGGUCAAGAUCUAUGACUACUACCAGCCAAGUGACCAGGCUGAGACAGAAUACAUAUUCCCUUGUGUUGCAGCUUGAAGAUGUGGUCAGUCCUCAGGUCAUCACUGAUUCCAGUAUAAUUUCAGAAAUCCCUGCAUUUUAUUACAGAUACAUUUUAUGUACCGUGUGUAACUCCAUUAGUUUAUGUAAAUUACACAAACAGUUAACAUGUGUUUGCUUUUAAGAUAAAUUAAUGGACAAUAAAAUAAAUUGUCCCACUUAAAACAGUUUUUCAAGUUUCUUCUCUCUGCAGUUUAUUUAUGUAUUGUUGUAUGUUGUAUUUCAUCCACUGACUAGAAGUCGUUCAGGACAGAUUAAUGAGGAAAGUCAAACUACGUUCAAUAAAGCAACAAGUGUUCUUUCA